AUGGAGCAGUUAGAAGCAGCUUUAGCUUCUGCUGAUGGCUCUUCGCAGAGCUGGAAUGAAGUGUAUCAACAUCCAAAGCCUAGUGGAUCCUUAAAGGCCUACAAGAAGCGCUUUCGUUUGGCACAACGGAUUGAGAAGCAAGCCUUGCAGUCUCUGAACGAGCUAGAACUUUCUCGCACAUCUCAAGCUCAAGCAGCUCAAGCAGCUACUGCUGCUCCGCCAGCUGCGCAUGAUUGUGGCUUGGCCUCCGAUGUCCUGGAACAGUACGUCGCAGCCUGUGGAGUCGACGUGGACGUGGGGGUCGGAAGCCUGGUGUUGGCGCUGAACCGGCUGGACACGGUGACGACACUGAGCUCCUGUAGUUCCAUCCAUGUAGGUGCUCAUGAGGAGGAAGCCUUGGUGGCCUUCACCGCAAGCCGAACCACGGCCGAGACUCGGAACGAGACUUUGCGCCAGCAUCUCGGCGAGCAUUUCCGCGACUCCCGUGAGGAUGUGGUUCAGCCGCGCUCAGCUGGACAGAAGGCCCACAGCUUCUCGAGCUACAUCGUCUUUUCCAGCGCGAGCCUGCCCAGUGGGCGGCCAGAUGCAGGGCAAAGGCUUCGCGAGAUGAUGAUGCUUGCGGAAGAAGUGAACAAGUUAGCUUGUUCCCCAACAUUGUUGGAUGUAAGGCCAGUUGGCUCGCCACUUUUGGCGCAGAAACCUGCACCCAUGGGGAGUGAGAUGGCACUGAAGGCUUCGAUUGGGCAGCAAGAUUUGAAGUGUCUGAAAUCUAUGUGGUCAGAAGGUAGCAGCAUCAUUUCAGUGGAGGCCUUUGAAGGCCAGAAAUUGGAGGAGUUGCGAGAUGAGCUGGUGGGUGAGCUCAAAGGGCUUCAGCCAAUUGAAACCCAACACACCGUAGCACUGGUUUUACCUUUCAGUGAACUCUCAGACCAGGUUUCCAAGGACACCUGCCCUGCACUGGAGGUCUUACGCCAAACCUUUGAAGGAGAUGAAUGGCGCCGCAUCGUCCAAGAGAUUGUGGGCUCGCCCUUGAGUGGUCGCCCGUGCUGUGCCUUGGUGGCCGUUCCACCUGGAGGUCAUGUGUUGCCACACUGCUUCGGAGGACUGAGCCGUUCCACCUCAGAGGACGUGAGCUUUACCUUGUUUCUCACGGAGAGCUGGUGGACCCAGGCUGAUGGAGGCCUCCUCGAGCUCUUCACCCACCCCGGGGCGGUCACUUCGGCCUCCGCGGCACUUGCGGGGACGGCCGAGACGCGGCUGGUGCCCCAGGCGAGUCGGCUCUAUCUCUAUCGAGCCGCAGCGGUGGGCAUCACGCGCGUGGUCUCCGAUGCAGCGCCGCAGCUGGCGCUCCACGGCGUGUUCCGCGGGGGCGCUACACGAGCGGCCGGAGCUGGAGCCAGGCGGAGCUGGAGCCCGGAGCUGCUGGCCUUUGCGAGGUGUGAGUUGAGGGGUCCGGAGGCUUUGGACUCUCUGAAAGCCUUGGAGAGUGUGAUGUCAGCUGAUUACCUCCAAGAAGCUCAGGUGGAGUCACUGCGCCAGAAGUUUGAAGAGGAAAGCAAGCUACGCUUGGCCCACUUUCUGUGCGACGAGGCAGUUCAAAGAAUAGGCUCGGCGCUCCAAAGCUGCGACUUGAAUGGAUGGGAGCCUGGUGCAGGAUGGCAGGUCCUUGGUCCUGCACUUGAAAGACGUUGCUGCAGCUUCAGCCAGAAGACCAACAAACCUGUCAUCAAGAAAUGCAAGAAGAACAAGAAGCCGAAGCCUGACAGAAGCACUUCCAUAUCAAAGCAGCACUCUGCAGGGCAAGCCCUUGCGCUGGUGGCCCAAACCUUCUCCUCACCGGUCUUCUUGGCCUAUCUGGAGCGUCUCACCGGCCUCACCCGCACCGCGGACGGCUCCGUGUGGAUCCGUCGCUUCCGGCCCGGCGACUACGAGCGGCCCACCUGCGCGGACGCCGCGCAGCUGGACGUGACGUUGACCCUCGAGACCCUCACGGCCGGGCGCGGGCGCAGCCGCAGGCGAAGCGCGCGGCAGCUUCGACAUUUGGGUGGGGCGGAUGUGUAUGCCGAGCAGGAUGCGGGAGAGAGGACGGCGGAAGCUGCUGGAGUCUUGGCCGGAGCCAAAGGAGUGCCCUGUGCUCCAGAGGUGUUGCUGCGCUUGCCACUGGCCAACAAUGUCCUCCGCGUGGUGCUGAGAGAUCCGCAGACCUCGCACAGCAUCGAGCCGCUGGCAGGCGAUGCUCGCACCAGCCGCUGGGAGAUACGUUUGGCUUUGCCAGUGCAAGAGUUGGAAGACCUUGAACCAGAUGAGCUGGAACCUGAAGAGGAGCCGGUGACUCGCCGGAAGAGGAGACGCAGAUCGAAGUGCCAUGACGGAGUCGCUGGAGUCGCCCGACGCCCGAAAAGGUGGGGAGAUGGCAACGAGGUUUGCAUCGUUUGCUUUGGAUGGAGUUUCUGCUCUUGGAAUGCAAGCAUUUCCCAAUGA